UAGGGUUGAUAGCUAAUAUUUAUCUAAGGCAGAAGAGAAAGAUGUCAUUCCGUAAAGUAAACAUCGUCAUCCUGGUCCUGGCUGUUGCUCUCUUCUUACUGGUUUUGCACCAUAACUUCCUCAGCCUGAGCAGUUUGCUAAGGAAUGAGAUUUCAGAUUCAGGAAUUGUGGGGCUUCAGCCCAUAGACUUUGUCCCAAAUGUUCCCCGACAUGUGGUAGAUGGGAGACAAGAGGAGAUUCCUGUGGUCAUUGCUGCAUCUGAAGAUAGGCUCGGGGGGGCCAUUGCAGCCAUAAACAGCAUUCAGCACAACACUCGCUCCAAUGUGAUUUUCUACAUCAUUACACUCAACGGUACAGCAGACCAUCUCCGGUCCUGGCUCAGCAGCGGUGCCCUGAAAAGCAUCAGGUACAAAAUUGUGAAUUUUGACACUAAACUUUUGGAAGGGAAAAUAAAGGAGGAUCCUGACCAGGGGGAAUCCAUAAAACCAUUAACUUUUGCAAGGUUCUACUUGCCAAUUCUCGUUCCCAGUGCAAAGAAGGCCAUAUAUAUGGAUGAUGAUGUAAUUGUGCAAGGUGAUAUUCUUGCCCUCUACAAUACACCACUGAAGCCAGGACAUGCAGCUGCAUUUUCAGAAGAUUGUGAUUCAACCUCUGCUAAAGUUGUCAUCCGUGGAGCAGGGAACCAGUACAAUUACAUUGGAUAUCUUGACUAUAAAAAGGAAAGAAUUCGUAAGCUUUCCAUGAAAGCCAGCACCUGCUCAUUUAAUCCUGGAGUUUUUGUUGCUAACUUGACAGAAUGGAAAAGACAGAAUAUAACCAACCAGCUGGAAAAAUGGAUGAAACUCAAUGUAGAAGAGGGAUUGUAUAGCAGAACACUGGCUGGCAGCAUCACAACGCCUCCUCUGCUGAUUGUAUUUUAUCAACAGCACUCUACCAUUGACCCAAUGUGGAAUGUCCGCCAUCUUGGUUCCAGUGCUGGGAAAAGAUAUUCACCCCAAUUUGUAAAGGCUGCCAAGUUACUUCAUUGGAAUGGGCACUUUAAGCCAUGGGGAAGAACUGCUUCAUAUACUGAUGUCUGGGAAAAAUGGUAUAUUCCAGACCCAACAGGCAAAUUCAGCCUAAUCCGAAGACAUAUGGAGAUCUCAAAUGUGAAGUAAUAUAUAAUUUAUGCAAUAAACAUUUCUCAGGAAAUCCUAGAAGACAGUAUGUGUGGGAAGUAACAGUUGCUAGACUCCCAUGGAAAAAGGGACAUUUCAGCUGGGUAGAGGACAAACUGCCCUGUCUGGCAGGCAGCUUCCCAGACAGACUAUAAAUGUGUCUCCAUCUGCCUUACCAAGUGUUUGCUUACUACAGUGCUGCAUGACCAGAGGUGAAUGGACUGAUAUGGCUGGUACAGCUACUUCAACACUGCUGCUUGGUUUUAAUUUUGUAAUCUGUGGCCUGAUCUGUAAUCUGUGGCCUGAUCUGUAAAUAAAGUGCUACUUAAAUUUUUCAAUAGGUAUCUCACUUAUUCUUUCCAGGUAACUGUACUUCUACUCACUCACUGUAUAAGACAAGAGUUGUCUAUAGAAUUCAGACACUUUCUAAAUUGCAUGAUUUUU